AUGGCCUCUACUUCCUCAGACACUGUAUCGCCUGUAACUUCGCUUAAUUAUAGACCAGUCGUGUCUUGUAAUUCUUCGCCACGGGUUAGCCUGAAAACGUCGCUGACUCACCCCAUCAACUGGAUCGUUCCGGAAGAGCUGAUUGAAGGUCUCUCUUUGGACCCACUUCCCGCGACAAUAGACCUUUUUGAUGUGUACACUACUGCAUCCCUUUUCCAGCACUACUAUGAAACUGUGAGAAAUACUUCCCAGACUUUACAAAGACGCGGCUCUUGUACGUGCUAUAGUCCGACUUUAAUAGGCAACCUGGCCUUGAGUUCAUGUCCUGGUAAAAAGGUCCGACUUAAUGGUCCAGUAAGAGGAAGAGCAACAAUUGAUCGUGAUUUGGAUUUGGAUUUUCAAAGAUUAAAAUCUUCAGACAUAUCAAUGGUUAUAUGUUGUCUUAAUGACGAGGAGUUGGCAUUUUUGGGAGUACCAUGGCCAAAGUAUUGUGAAUUGGCUCAGAAGCAUAAUUUGCAAAUCAUUAGAAUACCAAUGGUUGAAGGUGGUUGUCCAGACACAUUGGACCAGAUGGACCAAGUUGUAAUGCAGAUGGAUCGUCAUAUACAAUCGGGUCAAAGAGUUCUGGCUCACUGUCGCGGUGGCGUUGGGCGAGCUGGCUUAGUGGCAUGUUGCUGGUUACUUAAAACACAAUUCUGUUGCGAUGCUGAUCGUGCAAUACGACAAGUGGAUUUCAUUGUAAAAUAUGCCGAUUAUAUAAAUCGAAAACCACUGUCACAUCAUAUAUCACAUGAUGUGAACAAGGUUGCACUCAACACUGUAACUAAAUUGACGCAAUAA